CUUGGAGAUUGUCCCCCACCUUCACUGUGUGUCAUCUCAGGUCCUCAGCCAACAGAAGCGCUGGCUGGGUCGGUAGUGACGCGUCCACACCAGAACUCUGUUCGUGACAUUACUGUGGUAAAGGACACAUUAAAUCUGGUGAACUGAAAAUAGUUGGAUUCAUAGGACAGAAAAGCGACCGCUGUUUUAGCCAAGAUGAAAGACACGCAAGAGGUCCAGGAAGCUUCAGAGGCUCUGCAGGGUGACAUUUACAAGCAGGAAAAUAAAACAGAGACACAAGAGCAGAAAGAAGAUAAACUCAGACCUUCCCCAGGGAGACAUCAGUCUUCAGUACAGUUUUUCUCAAUGAAGAGAGACUCGUACAUCACAGCACUGCCACUGUCACAGUCCUUGUCCUCUGGAAGGCUUCUCAGUUACUACCUGUCUAGUCCUCAGAUGAGUAAAAUCACUGUGUCAACGAUGGCACCAUUGGCUUCAAAAUCCACCGUCGUGAGCUCUUCCCAAACACACAACAGUCUCGGAAACAGCUGCUUGCUACUUUCAAAGGACCAGUCCCUUGAUCCGGAGUUGCCUGUGGCUGGAGACAGCGAGGAUUAUUUCCUGUCUUUGUUUGGUCAUUCCAAGAAACUUACUUCACACUCAGGCCACGCCAAGGAUCCUCACAAACACUUCUCUACCAUUCUCGAAGAAGUUGGUAAAUCUGUAUCCAGCUCUCUAGGAGAUGUUGAAAUAGCUGACGUGCAUGUCAAGGGUUUAUUUGUGAAGCUCAUUAACUCCUCCCAUGACAGAGAAGCCGAGAUUGGAAACCACGUCCUGCAACAAAACGUGAAAGGACAGGCAGUGUCUCGGUACCGAUUCCUCCCCAACAUCGUUAUGCAGGCCGGUUCCACAGUGACGGUGUGGGCAGCAGCGUCCAAAGGGAAGCACCGGCCACCCCUUGACUUUCUCUGGAAGGAGCAAAGCACAUUCAGAGCAAGUCCGGAUUGCACAACGAUCCUGUGCAAGCCUCACGGUGAGGCUGUCGCCUGGUACACUCCCAUCCAUUGGAAGCAAGUGUGGGAAAAAUUAGAGACUGACAUUGAAUUUAACAGAUGUUCCGUAGCAACAUCUACAUCCCAAAGGCAGAUGUUUUUGGGGACAACAUCUGCUAGUGACAUAAAUAAAGACAAGCAAGAUCAAGCCUGGGAAGAUACCUCCAAAUGUGACCUCAAGCAAGUGCCAUUUCUUAAGAGAGAAAAGGAAAUGCCACCAACCCUUUUCCCCAACCGCAGUCCUUGGUGCAACAGCCCGUCCGUCCCUGUGCAUCCGUACUGCUCCCUGAUCAGCCCACAUGGUAGACGUACUCCCACUGCGAGCAGGUCUGCUCCACUGCGCAGGCAUCAGGCACCCCAGGCUGACCCAGCCUCAGUGUCUCCCACAGUUCUUGAUGAAUGUCUGUGGAAGGAAUCAGUGACUCAAACAGCAUGACCCUUGAGAGCACCGUGAUUCUUGAAGAGCUGUGAAGAGUGUAUCUGGUUUUUCAUCAAACGAGAAAAGCAGGUCGUACAAGAUAUGCUUGUUAAAAAAAUACCCAUCUUUUCCAAACACCUUCCCCAGUGGGUCCCAAAUUCUUAUUCUUUGUCAAUCAGAAGUCUUUUAAAUUAUACAAAUUAAACUAUUAGAGUCAAGGGUGUUAAUUCAGGACCUGUGAACAGAUUUCCAGAGGCCCAGGACCCUGUUAAAUUUGGUGCAAAAUUAUGUGUCUGUAUGAUUCCCUCCCCCCACCCCCGCGCUGGGGACAGAAUUGUAACAGCUUUUCUUUGAUUUCUGUGGCAAAAGAUGAGCACUAAGAGAGAUGUCAUGAGUGACUAAUUGAUGAUUAGCUAGGGCGAUCCUUGUGUCACCAGAUCAUUUCUUUGAAAGAUACAAACUAAGACUCUUCAAAGCAAAGAUGACACAGUUUUUUUAAUAUCUGGUAUUUUUAAAAUGAUAUGAUUUGGUAUUAUGAGCACACACCCAAUAACUGGCGAAGAGAAAACAAAACUUUGCCAAUUACAUGUAGGUUCUUCAAUCUGUUCUUUCACCCAGUGAUAGUAAAGAAUCAGAAUGAAGAACCAUAGGUGGAAAGAAUAGUUACCUUAUUUCUAAUUUCCUCUCUUAAAUAGAGUAGAGAGGAGGCUUGAGGCCAGCAAAUAAAAUAACCUUCAAGGAACCAGUACCGUAUGUAUAUACCAGCAUGAUAUAUUUGUAAAAUAUUUUAACUGCAGAAAACAUGCAGGACAACAUAGAAAGCACCCAUAUACUAGCAUUCAGAGUUAGCACAUAGCAACCUUUUUUCACAUUUCGAAGUCUAUACAUUUGAGGUUUCUUCUGGUUAUCUUUCUGGUUUGAGCUUGGUAUUGGAAUAAGUCAUCCCGUUGUUCAUUUUUACACUUUAAUCAUAUAUGUAGGAAUCCAUAAAAUGUGUGUCAUAGAAGUGAUGUUUUUAAUUUUCUUGAAUGGCCUCAUGUUCAAUGUGCCUUCUCUUUUUUAUGAAAUAGUACAGUUUGGGUAAUGUAAGUACAGUUACAUGUCACCCUAAUUCAGUCACUUGUGCUACCACAUGGUAUUUCAUUAUAUAAUCUUAGUGUGUUUUCUCUAUUUCUCCUUUAAUGUUUUUCCCUCUAGAAAUGUAGGUGGAAGUUUUGUAUUACUCAAUGAUUAUUCCAAAAUAAGAAAAUUAUACAAUGAUAUCACUAAAUACAGUAAGUACUUUAUAAACUUCAGUCCCUGCCCAUGAGGGAGAAAACUUUUAAAACUAGGAUAAAGACUUUCCUAAACCUGACAAAUAGAAUCAACAAAAUUCCUGGGCUGGCCAAAUAGCUCAGCGGAUUAAAGC